CGGGAAGACGCCUCCACCGCCGCCAGUGUUUGCGUCUGAGCGGGAGGUGGAGGGCACUAAGUUUGAUGUCGUCGGUGGACACCUGGCAAGGCUCUCAGACCACAUGGAGGACUGCGGGUCUGCGUCCAACGUACACAUAGAUUGUGUGGCUGUGAGGUGGGGUGGUGACUGCUUUGGUGGCAGCUGCGAUGGUGGCGAGUGUAAUGGCGAUGGUAGCGGUAGUGGUAGUGAUGGUGGAUGGCAGCAGCAAUGAGAGGAGCGUUGGAGUAGUGAGGUUCCAGAUGGCAGAUAAGGUCACCAGUGAUAGCCGCCUGGAGACGGAGCUGGGAGGGCUACCCAGUAUGACGCAGGUGACGGUAACUCUCCAUGUGCGACUUCGACGGACUUCUUCCCACAUCCCGCUUCUCAGCUACGCCGUCCCGGGCGCCCUCGACGAACUCUUCGUCGGUGAGCGGGAGAGUUAGUGAGUAGGAGAGUCAGUGAGUAGGAGAGUCAGUGAGCAGGAGAGUCAAAGAUAGCUGGAAUACACAAUUUGAAUUGUAAACAUUUACAAAACCGUGGAGAAUUAGCAUGGCACUAAAUACUGCUAAUAUUCGGGAGGGGCUUUAGAGCUAACCUACCUUCCUCGAAACACAUCUGUGAGUACAAAGGUACGGCACCACUGUAUGAAAACACGGCACCACCGUUUAAAAACACGGCACCUCUGUAUGAAAACACGGCACCAUUGUAUGAAAACACGGCACCACUGUAUGAAAACACGGCACCACCGAAUGAAAGGAGAAGAAUUAUAGAAAGAGACGUAGUCGCCGUCUCCCCCAGAGUUGCUGCCGGCCAGGAAGAAGGAGAUCCGGGUCCAGUGUUGUGGAGGACAGGUGGCCCAGGCCCUCAAGUACCAGAAGAAGAUGUUCUCCUGGCAACGGCUUGCUGUCUCCCUCAACCUGGAGACCAGAACCCUCAGGGUAGUCUGUGACGAUAUGGACUACGAAUUACACCUGGAGCUUCCCACCUCGCUCCUGGGGCCGGACCCCCGCCUUGAGGUGCGGGGUGGAGGCCGUCUGGUGGUUGGCCAGAGGUUGUAUUCCAUGCAGGGUGACUUUAUCCUCAAAGAAAACCUUGAUGGGGAAGUAGCUGACUACAGGAUCUACGACGUGGCUCUGGGGCAAGAACAGAUGAAGAAGUUGCUGAGCUGCAGUGACCUACCUGGGCUGAAGCCACCGCUGAUUGAUCUGGAGAAUGGUGUACUGAAGGUGAAGGGACCCACCGAGACCCGGAACAUCUCCACGAAGGAGCUGUGUGGGAACUACAUCUCCGGGUUUUAUCUUUUCUUCUCUGGGAAGAUGUUCUUCAAGGACGCGAACUCCUGGUGCAAGAAGCUCAAAGGGGAGCUGAUUCUUCCAGAGGACGACGAGGUGAAUGCUUAUCUCUUCGACAGGUUCCUGAGCUACAAGGACCAAUGCAGUGAUAUCUGGACACAUCUGUACUGGAUCGGCGCAGAUGGGGACUUGAAGACUAGCCGGUGGCUGAAGUUGGCGGACCAAACGCCCCUAACCUUCCAUCCCUUCCUCAGCCUAUACGAAGCGGUCACGACCGAGUACCAGUGCAUAGCGUCAGUGACACACGAACACUAUAAGUGGGCUGCCACCUCGUGUGACAUAGAAGCCUGUAUUCUUUGUAACUUUACCACAUUCCCUCAAAUGCGGCUGCGUGGACUAUGCACCAACUCUGCUUUUGAUCGGCAAUUUUCCUUUCGCGACAACAAGAACUUUAAAUUAGUUUUUGACGGCGUUGGCCAUAUUGUGAUGAGGCAGGAGAACAACACUUGGGUGAUGAGGAGCCGACUCUACAAGGAGAUGACGGCUGUCAUGGUCUCCCAGUGGAGACAAGAGUAUCCUGUGGGCGUACACACCUGGAGCAUCUAUGGCGACAAGUGUCGGCAGAAGGAGGUGCAGUUGCUGCUGACCUCCUGCCGGGGCGACGAGUACACGUGCGACGACGGCACCUGCAUUCAGAAGACCCGUCGCUGUGACCUCAGCGUCGACUGCACCGACCAGAGCGACGAGAUGAAUUGCAGCAUCGCCCAGAUCCCUUCCUGGUACUCCGCAAGCCUCCCUCCCCCGAAACUGGCGUCCCAGCCAGUCCCAAUAGGCUUCUUCCUCAACGUGACCUCGAUCAAGGACUUCAACCUCGUCUCCUUCACCAUCAGCAUAGACGCCUCCCUCGAACUCAAGUGGCGGGAUCCUCGGCUCAAGUUUACCAACCUCCAGACGAACUCUGUGGCCAACAAGAUCAAGGACCAGUCUCAGGUGUGGACCCCCGUCAUGGCCAUCAGAGACGCCACUCUGAGCAUCGUGCAGGUACACGACCGGUCAGGGGCGGUGUUUGUGGAAAAGACUGCCGGUCCGCUGCCCGAUGAUGACGCAACCAUUCGAGAAGAUACGGUAUACAGCGGCGGGGAGAACACUAUGACACUCCAGAAAGAGGACACUCUGACCUUCAAGUGCUACUUUGAUCUCCAGCUGUACCCGUUCGACCGACAGUCAUGCUCUAUUGUUUACAACAUUCAGGAUAUCACCACGGAAUUCGGCGUUCUUGUGCAGGCAACACCCGGGGUGCAGUUCGCCGGCAACCGUCAACUCCUAGAGUACAUCCUCAUCUCCGAGGCCAGCAUCAAUUACACCCUCAACAGUGUCAGUCACGUCCAGGUGAACUUGUUCUUCAGGAACCAGUACGGCUACUACCUGGCCAACACCUUCGUCCCCACCAUCAUGCUCGUCAUCAUAUGUUGGCUCACCGCCUUCUUUGAUAUUGCUGAUUUUCAGGACCGCAUCAUGGUGUCCCUGACGUCGCUGCUGGUGCUGGCGACCUUCUUCACCCAGACGAGCCAGUCCAUCCCCAAGACCUCCUACCUCAAGCUCAUCGACGUCUGGUUCGUCGUGCUCAUCUCUGAGGACUUCGCCAUGAUUGUCGCUCUGGUGUACAUAGAGUUCCUGCGCCUGAAGCCCCGCCAGCAGGAGCAGACGAAGGGACUGACGAGGGUGCUGCCUGCAAGAGGAGCCGUGGCUUGGGAUGCACGUCCUGGCCAGCAGGUGAAAGGGAGGACGGUGGGGGAUAGAGCUAAUUCCUCGAGCCAAGGAAAGGAGAGUAAUGGAAUGGUCUGGAACGACGAGCUUUCCAGACAAGUGCCUUCUAGCCACGUUCCAGGCAAUCUAAGAGAUCCGGUGGGCAGGAUUGGUUACUACAACCAGGCAUUCAUCAACCCAAGAGCAACGAAGGCCAACACGAUGUUUCUCCGUGUAUUCACAGUGAACUUGGCCAUCCUUCUCCUCUGCUUCGGCGCCAUGUGCCUCUUCAGCGCCUUCUCUCGCUAGCAGACUCGCGGGGAUAGAGCAAAGAUUGGCAGCAGAACACUUGAUGCAGCAGUCCUUAUUUGUCAAUCUUGGCCCUGUUCAAUGCAUUUAAUAUAUUUCUAGAUUGAUUGUCCUGGAAAUUCACUUAGGCUUGGUGCUGUAACAAACAUAUCAGGGUAGAGUAAGAGAAUUAUCAUGAGUAGGCGCUGAGCCUGUGUGACUGUGUAGCACUUGGAUGAGGACAAGGAGCUGGGAUAUGAGGACAAGGAGCUGGGAUAGGACAAGGAAUUGGGAUAUGAGGACAAGGGGCUAGGAUAGGACAAGGAGUUGGGAUAUGAGAACAAGGAGCUGGGAUAU